AUGCGAAGGCCCUGGACAGAAAUCGCCCAGGCCAAGCGUGCUGAACGACAGGCACGCAUUGACAAUCAUUCCAAGAGUCUAACUGGGUCCAAUAUCCAGUCCCAGAUCACCCAUAUAGACAAGGUGGGAGCCCUGAUAGAAUUGUUGGAGAAGGGACAGAUCUCAGCAGAAGAUGUUGUCGUAGCUUACAUCGAUAAAGCCUCUAAGGCACAAGCAGAGACGAAUUGUCUCACAGAGAUUUGCUUCGACGAUGCUAUCGAGCAAGCCAGAGAGCUGGACGCGUUUUGGAAAAGAGAAGGCUGUCUCAAGGGCCCACUCCAUGGAGUCCCGAUGUCAUUGAAGGAUCAAUUCAACGUUAAGGGCUACGAUUCGACGAUGGGCUAUAUCGGCAGAGCUUUUAAGCCGGCAGCCUCUGAUGCACUUCUCGUCGAUGUGCUCAAGGAACUAGGCGCGAUCAUCAUCGCGAAGACAAACCUGCCGCAGAGUAUUAUGUGGGCCGAGACAGAAAACCCUAUUUGGGGUUUGACAACUCACCCUAAGAACUCCAAAUUAACACCAGGUGGCUCUUCUGGUGGUGAGGCAGCGUUACUCUCUCUGCAAGGUUCGCUGGUAGGCUGGGGUACUGAUAUAGGAGGAUCCAUUCGUAUCCCUAGUCACAUGAACGGCCUUUGGGGGUUGAAACCUAGUAGUGGCAGAUUGUCAUACCAAGGCGUUGAAGUCUCCACAGAUGGCCAGCAACAUGUGCCUUCAGCUGUGGGUCCAAUGGCAAGAUCCCUAGAAUCCAUCAUCGUCACCACAAGGGCAGUUAUCAGUAGAAACCUCUGGAACAUGGAUGCGCAACUUCCCCCGAUUCCAUGGGCACAAGACGUUCUGGAGGACUUUUCGCAGAAACCACUUGUAAUUGGCGUGAUGUUAGAUGACGGCAUUGUGAGGGUACAUCCUCCCAUCGCCCGAGUUUUCGAGGAGCUGGUUUCAAGACUCAGGAAAGCAGGCCAUGAAAUCGUCGAUUGGGAUACGUCAUUGAAUGCUGAAUACAUUGCUAUCCAGGAUCGAUAUUAUACUGCGGAUGGAGGCGAAGAUAUCCGAAGAGCCGUCACUGAAGGUGGGGAGCCAUUCAUUCCUCAUGUGGAAGCUUUGGUCAAUCGCACACCGGCGCUCUCUGUCUACGAGUACUGGCAACUGAACAAGAAGAAGGUGGCUGCUCAGCAAGCUUACCUCAAACUCUGGAGUAGUAUCCAGACCCCAUCAGGACGCCCUAUAGAUAUACUACUCGCGCCUACUUUUCCUCACACGGCGGUGCCACAUCGAUCUAUUCGUUGGGCUGGGUACACAAAGCUCUUCAACCUCCUGGACUACUCUGCGUUGUCGUUUCCCGCAGGGAAAGUCACGAGAGGCCUAGAUCCAGCUGUGUUGCCAGAGUAUGAGCCACGCAACCCCAUGGAUGCCUGGAAUUGGCAAUUGUACGAUCUUGAGUUGAUGGAUGGCCAUGAUAUAGGUUUACAGAUCAUAGGCCGACGCUUGGAGGAAGAAAAAGUCCUGGGAGCAGCGUUGCAGGUUCACCGGCUUAUUGAGAAUCUAUAA